AAAACAGUGUUUUUGGUAACAUUCCAAAAGAACAGCUUGGUUUCCUGGGAUUCGGAAUCARCUCGCGGGCUCAGAAAGUUAAGUGCAAGUUCGAAGGUCGUGUUUAGAAAAGUGAAACGUGACAUGAAAAUAUUCAUUUAAAACAAGUUAUUUGGAAAGCUUUGGCUUGGAAUUACUCUAUUGAAAGCCUGGGUAUUCAUUAUUCACUCUGRCACCGUUGUUAUUCAAAGAUUUGCUUUUCUGGACUGCAACAUCUUAUUAACUUAAAUGCAAUAAUGAAGAUGAGAAAUCAAUGUUACACACUACCUGGACCUUAAACUCAACUAGCAAUUUAUAUAUUUUGUACAGUUUGAUAAACAUUAGAUAUUAUUUUGUGAUAUGGCUUCUGUUUUGGUGUGUGCUUUUCUAUUUCGAUGGAUGCUGCCUUUGCUUCUGUUAGGAGCAUCAUGUCUGCGUAUCAAUGGAAUAUCAUUUAUAUAUCUGUGCUGUCUUCUUAUUAUCCCACUUUUACCCAAUCCAUCAAGAAAUAAUUUUAAUUCUUGUARUCACACUGGGAAUCUUCAAAAGGCAACACUUGGGUUGUCUGUCAUWGCACUAGUAGCUCAAAUAACMUUUCAAAUAGUCUUGGCAGCUGUGCCACCUUAUGGACACUCUUUUCCUAAAUGUUCAUUGUAUGAGCAACUUGUGCGAGAAAUUGGUUUAAACAGAUUUGACAAAGUACCGUAUUACACAGUAGUCCGUUAUAUUAUUCCUGAYGUGGUGGUUUUUAUAAUAUCAUUAACUUGUGUCUUAUGCAGUAAGAAAUUGGCUGAAGCACCUGCAUCUCGACCUUCAACUCCUCAAAGAAUAUACACAGAUCAACCUACAACUGUGGACAAUGUUAUGCCAUAUUUCACAGCCAUAAUGCUACUUGUGGCGGGAAUAAUUCAGCCAUCUGUGAUCUCAGUGACUUAUUUUAUAAUAUUUCUUGGAUUAGGAACAAUAUGGGCCUGUCAUAAAGCUGUACGGUUACGACACAGGAAGGCUUUUGCAUGUGUUCGGCUGGUUUUGAUGGURUAUUCAGGUCUGCACUUCUUGGCUUUAUAUCUUUACCAGUUYCAGUUUUUUCAGACGUUUUUGCCUCCUGAUCACUUAAUAAGCAGAUUACUGGGAUUGGUUGCUAUUGUUUAUACCAAAUGUGACCUUCCUCAAAUUCUCCAUGURAAACAAAAUGUAGAAUGGCCGUUAGUAUCGUGUCCUGGCGUCAUUUUGUUAUUGUACUGGAUUUUAGCUACAGAGACUAGAAUAUACUUCACUAAGGAUGAUACCUUGAUGUCGUCAGCCAAUGAUAGGCCCAAUUAUAACACCAUGCAGAGGCAUCCUCAGGACCCCAUACCCGAGGAACCAGUUCAACCCAUUACCCAUGCCAGGCGAGAGGAAGCGGAGGAGGAAAGCCCUGAAGUGCAAGGCACCUUGGGUAGUAUCAUGAUGUUCCUGAUGAGGCAGAGUUACAUCGCUGCUUUGAUUAUUAUGAUGGUAAGAUUAAAGUAUUGCAGUUCUCAAAAAAGUUAAACAGGAAACCCUU